UAUGGGGACGCCCGGGGCGUCCUUUGUCUAUGGCAGAGCAAUCUGUGGUCAUCAGAUUGAAAAAGAUAGGCAUCACUGGGUUUCUGUGCGACCACUCUGGAAGAGAAGAGCAUAUAUAUUCGAGUGUUCUUCACAUUUGCUGCUGUUUCUAGAAUUUACAAUGUUGUUUUCCCUCCUGAACCCAAUUCAGAUGUUUUUUUUUGCAUACUACCUGAUUAACUGAUCUCAUCUUUUCAUUUUCGAUUCCUUCAAUCAGGCCUGAGGGAAUGCCCUCUUUGUCUGGGAAGGACAGGAAUCGUGACCUCCCUUACGCCUGGUAUUGGAAAGGAGAUCCUUUAUCAAGACACAGGCUCGAGAGAGAGCCAAUCAUGCCCCUAGAUACUGGUCCACGCAGGGGCACAGCAGCUUGCGAUUAUGCGCCGCGUCCCUGGCUUGGGCGUUUGUCUUUGGCUUCCAUUAUUCCUACCCGUCGACAGCGCGUUUCAGCUCGCCCUCUAGGACAGAUGGGCCCUGGCUUCUUCAGCGGAGAGAAUCUGUUAGAGACAAGGCGGAGUGGAAGGGGUCUGCGUUCUGCGCAUCCUUUUGAGCCGUGGGAACCUCCUCCGUUUGCGGGAUUCGAACCACCACGGGGUCCCGGUCCUGCACACCCAUGGUGUGGGACAUCAUCCUAUCCCCCGCGCCCACCAUUUGACCGUGGCUCAAGAUUCCCCCAUGGCAGCUACAGGUCGCCUCGAUCGCCGUGUACUUGGCCUCCGGACGAACAAGAUGGCUGCGAAGGUUGCGAAGACGCCGUCGAAUAUGAGUGUGACUGUUCAUCUGACGGCGAUGAAUCGUGCCGAAGUGACGAGAUGGGGAGUAUGGGAGGAGGCUCUUAUCGCCGCCGUCGCCCGAAUCGGAAUCAUUCAACGCCCCAAAUGAUACAUCCUUCCAGGGAGGUACCUCUUAAUGGCCAAGCUUAUGCUCGGGACUUAUCUCCUUGUUCCCCCUCGCCUGGGAGGAGAUUCAUGGCACCGUAUGGUGAGAGGGGUGAGAGCAGAGUUCCUCGUCGAGCCCACUAUGGAGAUGAUAUUGGUCUCAGGAGGUUCUAGUCCUGGGAUGUAUCUAGUAAAACUG